AAGAUCACUGGAAGAACGCAAAAUCGCGCAUUGUGUUAAAGAAAGUGGUAUUUCUACAAAUAUUCUAGUCAAGUGGUUUAAAUUUUUGAGGCUUGCAAUGUUGAAUUCCGUCAUAACAUUUACACCACAGCAGCUAGAAAAAAUAAAUGACUUAAGAAAUUUAGUGGAAGAUUCCCUCAAUCUCUCCGUGGGAACUGAUGACAUAUUCCUGGCCAAAUUUUUAUCAUUUAAAAAUUGGCAUUUGGAGCGGGCCUAUGUGGCCAUACACAACUACUAUGAUUUUAAAGCAGAAAAUCCUGAUUGGAUGGCUCAUCAUCAUCCGGCCUAUUUCCGAGAACAAUUUCUAGAUGUGGCAGCAAGAUUUGUGAUGCCACAGCCGGAUAAAGAAGGGCGACCAAUAUUGAUCAUUAAAUUGGUUGACGUAUUUGAAAAAUACCCCAAUUACUUAUUGGACAGUGCUGAAAUGGAAGAUUUAAUAUUUGAAUCCCUGCUGCUGUUGCCUCAGACACAGGAAAAUGGUUUAACGGUUAUCUUUGAUAUGACUGGAUUUAAUCUCAACUUUUUACCCUAUGUUGCACCACGUAUUACCCGCAUGAUCCACCAAAAGGACAAGAUUUUGCCUUUCAAGAAACGCUACGUUCAUUUUAUAUUGGGUGGAGCUUUUAUUAGCGCCAUAACUACACUUCUGAUGCCCCUUAUGCAUAAGGAAUUCAAGGAGAAUACCUUCAAUCAUGAUGGUAAAAAUUUCGACAAACUACGCAAUAUGAUUGGAUAUGCAAAUUUACCAGCUGACUACGGUGGACCUGAAACGAAUAAAUUGAAAGUUAACCUUUUAUGGAAUCACAUUGAAAAGCACUCAACUUAUUUGUAUAAUCUACAACAAUAUCACAAGAGGAAGCGACAUUAAACAAUGGAAAUAUAUUUGAAACAAAAGAAAUAAAGAACGCACACAAAUUUAUA